GUAUUACUCUUAGUUUUUUUUGGCAAACAAUUGCUGGUUUAUGUAUAGCAAGUAACAAAAGUUGGAAUGAUGUUCUUACAAAUUUUGGUGUCACAAGUUUUAUUACUCCUAUGGCAGUUGCUGAACAAGUUAUUCGAGUUCAAGCUGAAAAUGCUCUUCAAAAUCAAAUAGAUCUAUCGAAAACAAUAUCAACUCGUAAUUUACUUACUUUUCAACGUAUGGCACGUGGCAAUCAAGUUGUAUCAGCUUUACAAACAAAUUUCUAUUUACGUUAUCCACCAGCACAUUUAAAUUCAUCGGGAUCUGCAAAAAUGACAGCUCAAAAAUUUGGUAAUUGUACUUGUUUAAAUAUUGAAGGUUGUCCACGAUCUGCUACAUUUAUUGAUAAUUAUGAUCAUUUAGUUAACAUACCAGGAAUGGUAGUAGAUUGUUUAGUCGUUGAUGGUACACUUAACUCAACACUUGAAUGUUAUUAUAAUCAAUCAUGUAUUUCAAUUUUACAUGGACAAUUAUCGAUGAAUAUUAAACCAUUAUCAAAUAAUUCGAAUAAAAAUUUUUCUAUGUAUUCAACAGUACAAUCAAUCUUCAAUAAAUUAAUGAUAGAUGAAACAAUAAUUGAAAUUCGAUUUGAUAAAUAUUUUUCAGAAUGCAAUUGUCCUUUUUGUUCAUAUUCAUAUAGAAGACGUUUUGACAUUUUUUUAAUUUUCACGGCUGUUACUGGCUCUAUUGGUAUAUUAUCAUUAAUCAUACGACACAUUGCAUCUUUUGUUGCAACAAAGAUUUUACGUCGAAAAAACCGAAUUUUACCAAUUGAAAACGUAUCAACGAUAACGUCUAUGGAACAGAAUCGAAGUAAGUUAGAAUAG